CUCAUCUUUUCCCCUUCUUCGAUCUUGCUAAGACAGACGGAGCAAUCGAUCGGCGUGUUGGAUGCGGAUCGGAGGGCAAUUGGGAGGGAUUGGAGAAGAUCAGGGUCGAGCCCGCGGUUGACGGAGGGAGUUUAGAUUUGGGGAUUGGCCUGUGAAAGCAAGGAGGAGUGCUGCGCGGCGUCGGCGUUCUCGGCGGAGGAGAUGGUAGCGGAUGCAGAUGUGGAAGACGAAGACGAUGAAGAUGGUGGUAAAGAAGGCCGAGACGGCGAUGAACAUGAUCCUUCCGCUCAUCAAGCUACUCUCCUGUUGCUGCUGCUGCUGCUGCUGCUGCUGCUGCUGCGACGGCGGCUGCUUCUGGGGACGUUGGUUCAGGGGAUUUCCGGGGAAGUGACCCAUUUCGUUCUUCGGCUUCAAAUGGUGCUUGGAGAGGAGAAAAACCUGGAGGGUAAUUCGGGGAUUUAGAGCAAGACUAGGUCUUGAGCCGGUGGGUCUCACGUUGUUGACUGAUUACAUGUGACUUAUGACACUAGGGUUCGUCCAACGUAAGAUUCACGGUAAUGCAUUGUGAUUUGUGCAGUUUGUGUGUGUAUUCAUUGACUCUCAUUUUGAAGCCAUGUUUGCAUGCUUUGAAACAACCAUCGGCGAGGUCUCUUUUACGAAAAUAUUUGGUCUUUAAAGCUUACACGUCAGAAUCGAGAACAAGUUUUCUAAUUUUUCUUUUUGUUUUUUUUUUGUUUUUUCAAAAUGCAUGCAUCAUACAUUUCGUGUGUAGAUUUUUAUGGAUGUAUGAAGGAGAAUUUGGUUUUAAAAAAUUAAUUAAGUCACCAUAAUUGAUGUAUCUCUCUGAUCACUUAUUUUUUAUUUUAUCACUUAUCUAUUUAGUCAAAUAUAUAUAUAUAUAUAUGAAUAAACUAGUUGUGUUAUGUUACAAACUUUGCUUGCUAUUGUGAUCAAUGGAAAAAAUGUUAUACCAGAUUAUUUUUUUUUUUGCCAAAAAUGAUAAAUUGUAUUCACGGUGUAUUUGAGUUUUUUUGGGCAAAGAAUAAGAUGGAUUUUUUUUUAAUGUAUUUAAUUAGGGAUGGUUAUUAGUUGUAAAUCUUAUAAAUUUUGAAUUGCAUAUGAUUAAAGUUAUAUGGGUAUAAAAAUUCAUGAUGACGUCCAUGUAGUUUUUUAAUUCAAGAAUAUUAAAAUAUUUUCAUUUGAGCACUGAAUUGAGGAUCACUUUGAAAAAGAAAUAUAUAUUUUUUCUUUAUAAUUUUUACUAAUUACUGUGAUUCUUGAUGUCUGCAUACCCAUAUAUAAUAGACGGCAUAUAAAACAGUGAAACACCAUUAUUUCAGUCUCAUUUCAAACACUAAUGACACGAGAAGCAACUCUAUAUAUCUACUCAUGUUGUUUCAUAUGUUUUAGUACAGCAUGUGGGGGAUGUUUUCUUUACCGGCUAGUGCAUGAUAAGAGGCAGCAAGGUAUGGGCUAUAUAGUACAAUAUUUAUUUGAAAAAUUAACCUGGAUGCAGUAAUAGAUGGCUUUGAGAGGGAAAAGCAGAAGAAAGGUCAUAAUGGAAAUAAUGCAUGAACAGCAUGGUAAUUUUCACCGUGACUUUUGUCCUGGUGACAAAAAUAAAAAGCAGGCAGGCUUUUUCCGAAUGGUCAGGGCUUCUCUGCCAGUUUUGUUGACUGCACCAUAAUAAUGGGCCCUACACACAUAUAUAUAUAUCCAUUGUCUGUCCUGUUAUUUCUCUGUGCUUCAUCAUCUCUUGUGAAUGUUCACAGAGGUUUAAGUUUAACACACACACACACACACACACAGAGUAGCAGAUAGAGAGAUAGAGAUGUCAAUGAACAAGAGGUCAGUAUUUGCCAUGGCGGAGAGGCAUCACUACAGUGACUACGGCUUUGAUCCUCAGCUCGGCUUUUUUCAGAUACUGGAAGAAGCCAUGGAAAGAGGUAACAAGUUAGGACUUCAGUCUCCGGACGCAUUUCAGUUUAAGCUUCAAAAGCCAAUGACUACAGCAGAAGAAGAAGAGCAGGAGGACUGGCCCGGGGCAAAAAAGAAGAAGAAGAAGAAGAAGAAGAAGUUUGGUUGGUGGAACUGGGGACUUCCCUCCCCUCUCCUCUUCUGGAAGAAGAAUAAUGGAAAACACAACAAGAAGAAUAAUGAUAAUUAUGAGAAGAGGAUCCCUUAUUAUUGUUCCUCGUCGCCGUCAUACUUUCGUUCAGCAAUGUCAGGACCGCUCCAAAUGGAGAGCUCUGCCCCGGCCUGUAAGCCGCGGUGCAAUAGAUCUUGCUCUGGGCCUUUGGGCCAACGGCACCACAAACAAAGCCUUGUUCAGUAAGCUGCAUAUCACAUCAUCAUUAUAUGGUAUGUGCUUUGUUUGCUCUUCCACCCUUUGUUUUACGUUGUUGCUCUGCUCUGCCCACUGAGGUUUUCCAUAUGCGUUUUGUUCAUUUCGAUCGAUAUUCCAGGAUGC